GUUGAAGACACGGCCGGUGGCACCAACAAUGGGGGCUAUCCGAGCUCGUGUGGUCCACGCAUAUCAUGACCACCUGAUUCUAGAGUGCGCUGGUGCUGUGCCUGAUUGGUCGCGGGGCGAAGCCAGCGACGUGAAGGGGUACAGCGCCAGGUACUACGAGUGUGCCCGCAGCUAUGGGGCCUACAACGGCGCAUGGGUCUAUGUCGAACUUGUGGAGCUGCUUGAGGAGUGCGCGAGCACAGAGCUGCUUCGUUUCGCAUUGAGAGGCCUGUCGCCAGAGCGUCAGUAUGUCGUUGAAGUGGCCGCCUUGACGGCUGCGGGAAGGGGGCCCUGGUCCGAGUCGAGCGAAAAGCUCGCGACCUGGCGGGUGGCACCGCGCUUAGCACCGCCUCAGGCGCUGCUGCGGACGCACGACACGUUGGUGCUUGGAUGGGAUCGCGAGGAGCCGGACCCCGAGACCCUCAGCGGCGAGGUUCACGACGAGGACAUCACGGAAUUCCUGGUCAAGGUCGCACCUGCCUUCGGCAAUCGCACAGCGCAGGCGCGGACGCAUCGUGUCCAGCUGCAGAAGGCUUGCAGCUUUGCGGAGACCUGGGCCGCAGUGAAAGAUGAGAACUCGUCCUUCUCGGCCACGCCCUUCUUCUUCUGCGAAGGCGCAGCCGGCCGAUAUCAAUUUGUUUCUGUGGUGCCUGGCCUUCUCCCAGAUCAGCGCUACUGUUGCCAGGUGGCUUCGAGAGCAGCCAGCGGAGAGGGAGACUGGUCGCAUACCUCGGUCGAGGUCAUGAUGUUGCCGGUGGCCCCACUGGUGGACCUCGCGCAGGUGGAUGAGGUGCAGCACGAUCAGAUCCAGAUCUCAUGGGAGCACGUCCAGUUGAAGACUGGUAUCGCUGCAGGCCUUUGUGACCGCCUCUGCCUCACCAAGUCCCUCGAGGACCUGCAUGUUUGCGCCUAUGCCGUGAGGGCAGCUGCAUGGACUACCUGGCGGGGCCCGCAGUGGCGCAAACCCGAGACGGUGGAGGUGGAGACGCUUCCAGUUGCGGAAGGCGGACGCUUGCAAUUUGCGAUCAAGGACCUGGAGCCAGAGAAGCUCUAUGUCGUCGAAAUCCGAGCCCAGGGCGCCAGCGGCUGGGGCGAAUGGUCCCGAGUCGGGGAAAAUCCCGUUUGCACCGCCGUGGUCGCACAGGAGCCCACAGCGCCCGAGUUAGUCUACGCCACGUCGCGAGCGCUGACCUUUGCUUUCCCGGGUGUGGAGGACAGUCGAAUCAUUGCGUACGAGGUCCGCCGGCAUGAAGGCUGGCGAGGUCGGCCGACGAGGCCCUUGCGCUUUGACUCCCAGUCACUGGCCGUGCGCGUGACCUCGGAGAACCGAUGGGUCGUGACAGUGGACCAGCUACAGAGAGGCACGACCUACACGCUUCAGACGAGGGGGAUCACGGCUGGUGGCGGAGUCACAAAGUGGUCCGAAAAGUCUGAGCCAAUGGCCACCCUUGCCGACGAAGACACCGGCCAUGAGGUGGAGGUGAGCGUUGGCGUUAACGAUGACACCCCCGGCAUGGGCCCGCUACAGCUGGCCACCGCCAUGCCAGUAGCCGACGUCAACUCCGCAGAGUCCAUGGAGGACUUCUCCAAGAAGUUGGAGUCCGUCCUCGCCUUCACAAUAGAUCAGGCCACCGCUGGGGUGCGCCUGCCUUCGGUGCGAAUUCCCUCCGUGGCAGAACAGGCCGAGGAGCUGCUGCAUGCCCACCAUGGCGACUGCCGUGCCGCUGUGUUGGAGGCUGCGAAGAUCGAGGACGACGACACCUGGCGGACCAAGCUGCCGGAUUUCCUCAUCCAGCAGGUGCCCGUCGUCGGCUGUUCCACGGUGCUGCUUCGAGAGCUUUGGAGAAGCAUCCGGCGCUGUGCGUUGGUGGCGCACCUUUAUGGUCACGAUACUCGCAGCCCCGAGACGCAGGCCUUGAUCCUCACGUGCCUCGUUCCGGGGGGCUCUGGAACCCCGGCUGCACCGGCUGUGCCUGCAGCUGGAACCGGGUCUGCGAGUUCGCAGCAAGGCUACGUGGUGAAGGACCAGAGCGCCGUGCUAAACCCCGGCGUGCUGGGUGCCGAGGAUGUCGUAUCUUCCCGGCGUGUGGCGCUGCUCGUGUCCCGGGCCUUGGCCAAGGAAACCUUCGUACGCGCUACAGGGCUGAAAAGCGCGGGGCAGGUCGUCGGCCUCUUGGAAGUAGCCGGCAGGCUGCUGAAGAACAGCUCCAAGGCCAGGAGAGUUUGCUGA